GGUGGGGUCAGAGAGGAGUGAUGAGCUCCUGAGUGACAGAUUGAGAACCGUAUGAACCAGGAAUAAACAUAAAUUUGCAUUUUGCCACAAAGCACGAACACGGGAUCAAAGCAUUAAAUACACCGGUGUACAGUUACUAGGAAAUGCGGAGGACAGUGAAUGCAUAUAUACCAGAGGGGGAAAUGAGUUGAGGCAUUAAGAGAGAGAUAGACAGACAGACCAACAGACAGAAUCAAACAAACUGAAGUCCAUCCCGCACAUUCGAAGAGGAACGUCUUGAGGUUGCCAACCAACGGUCAUGAAGCAAAGUGUGUUUGCGUUCCUGCUGCUCUCAGGACUCAGUGCACUGCGGUACGGCCACUCUCAGCAGUAUCACUUUGAGAAAACCCCAAAGAACUGGACCGAAGCACAAAGCUUCUGCAGAGAGAACUACACCGACCUGCUGACCAUAGACAACCAAACGGACGUACAGAGGAUUCUGAACCAAGCACAGGGGAUUCUGAACCAAACACAGAGGACUAUGAACCAAACACAGAGUGGUGAUACGGAUGCUUGGAUAGGACUGCAAAGACGCUGGCGGUGGUCUCUGGCAGACAGAGGUCUCUACUCUGCGAAAGAAAUUUUUUUUUUUAAUUGGGCAAGCAGGGAACCAAACAAUAAUAACGGAAACGAGAGCUGUGCAACAAUGAGGGGAGAUGGGGGGUUUCACGAUUUUUCCUGCGACAAUCGCUUCUACUUUAUCUGCUAUAAUGAAAGCUCCGCUGACAAGUACAUCCUGAUUAGAGAAAAGAAGACUUGGGAAGAUGCUCGGUUCUUCUGCCAAAAAAAACAUACAGAUCUGGUUAAUAUAAAGAACCAAACUGAAAACAACAUUAUAACAGUAAAACUGAAAGGUAGCGAACUGGAUUGGUGGAUUGGUCUGUCCAAAGAUUGGAAGUGGUCAGACCUGAGCGAGUCCUCAUACCGCAACUGGAGCACAGAAAGUGAUGGCAAUGAUUCGAACUGUACUGCUGUACUGCUCUCCUCGGGAAAAUGGGUGAAACAAGAAUGCGAUGAUAAAAAGCCUUUCUUCUGCUACGAAGAUAACCUCAUCCUGGUGCAAGAAAAUAAGACCUGGGACGAGGCCCUGGAACACUGCAGGUGCCACCAUUACGACCUGGUCUCCGUUUCCACGGAGACCGUGGAGCACUGGGUGAAGAGGCGGGCUCGGAAUGCCACCACGGCUCACGUGUGGCUGGGCGUCCGGUACUCCUGUGCCCUGCAGGUCUGGCACUGGGUCAGCGGGGACGUGUUGUGCCACCCGAGCUGGGCCUCGGAGGACCGGGGGCGCGAGUGCGGGCGCACGGGGGCAAUAGAAUCCGGAGGCGGGCAAAAGCAGGUCAGUCUGCCUAAAACAGAGAGGCUCAACUUCAUCUGCAGCAAGCGUCUAGGAUGACUGUGAUUAGUGUGUAAGUAUAUAAAAAUGCCCUUACAGCAAGAUGAGAGUGUGCACUUCAACCACAUGAGAAUUGUCUGAUUACAAAUAUAAAAUUGUGCUGUACGGGGCCAAAUCAAGAAGAAAAAAAAAAGUCUUUGUCCGAAACAUUAUGGAGCUCACUUUACAUCCAUAAUACUAUAGCAACACACACCCUGUACAUGCAUAUAUACACUCUAUAUAAUAAUAAAGCAACACACACCCUGUACAU